AUGGCUUCUCACACGACUGGCACAACAUUAAAUGCUACAAAAGCAGCAGAAGAAUCCAGCCCAGUGGACGAUUAUGCCACACCUGGAGGCUAUGAGCUGGAGAAAAUUCUAAACCGGGGGAGUGUGGCUUACACUCGUGUCAACGAAGUCUGGCCCAAUGUCUACAUUGGGGACGAGCAGACUGCAAAGGACAAAUUUAACCUGAAGAAGCUGGGGAUUACUCACAUCUUGAAUGCAGCAGAAGGUACAUGGAACAGCGUGGACACUGGAGCUUGUUACUACACCGACAUGAACAUUGUUUACUACGGCGUGGUAGCAGAAGACGUCCCGACAUUUAACCUGAGCCAGCAUUUCUCCUCUGCUGCCCAGUUUAUUAAGGAAACCCUCAGCAAUCCUCAGAAUAAACUGCUGGUGCACUGUGUGAUGGGAAGGAGCCGAUCGGCCACUCUUUUCCUCGCCUACCUCAUGAUAUACGAGAACAUGACAGUCGUUGACGCCAUCGAGCAUGUCAAAAAUCGGAGGAGGAUCAUCCCCAACUUUGGCUUUCUGAAGCAGCUGAGAGAGUUAGACAUGCAGCUCCUUGAGAAGAGGAAGAGCUCGACAGAGUAG